AUUGUAACAUUUAUGAAGUUUAAGUGUUAAAUGGUGCUUUAAAAGAGAGAUGUGAAUAUAUUUAAUGGUAUUUUGUUAAGAUAAACAUUUGUGUAAAAUUAUAAAGUUUGAUUAAUAGUGUAAAAUUAAAGCGUAACGAGUGUGGGCUUUAGUGAGCAUGAUUCAUAAAUGACGACAACUCAAAUAAUGGAAGUGGCGUUUUUCGUAAUAUUAACAUCAAGUUUAAUGAAGGGUGUAACGUCACAAUGUAAUGCCAAAGUGAUUGGUGAGCAAAAUCCUGCAGGAAAGGCUGGCAAAAUUGAUGGCAACUCAAACGUUGGGUAUAUUUUGCGCGGAAAUCUAGACAACUAUAACAUUGACUGUUGCGGCACAAUAACUGAGUGGCAGUUGGUAGCGAAUCUAGCUGGGACAGUGUAUUUACAAGUAUGGCGACCAACUACCGGAAAUGAUUAUCAGCUGGUAGGAGAAAAUGUAGAAAGUGUCGUACUAGGCACAAACUCGCCGAUAACUAUUGCAGCUGGGGAUCAAAUUUCCGUUCGACCUGGUGAUAGGAUAGGAUGGUUUGCGGACGGAGCCAACAUUAUUGAACAUAAAGGGGCCGGAGGGUCACCUGAUGUCACGACUCAAGCGAUGACAAGACCCCCAGUUUUGAGUACGGUCACGUGGUUUACAACUUUUGACGCUAGUAAUACAUAUGCUAUAAGAGCUGAGGCAAAUGGAGGAACAGGUCCAACUGUCGAUAGUCCAGCAGAUAACAGUGUCUUUCCUAUUUUGAAUAAUGUUGCGAUCGGGACAUUUAUAACUACCAUCACGUGGUCAGACCCUGAUGUUGGUGAUGAGUUGACCACAACAAUGACGGCUAAUUCGAAGUUUACAUUUGUCGAAGGGGUAGGAACAGGAACUUUAUCUGUUGCUUCAUCACUGGCCGGACCCGAUUCAACAGAAAGUCUUAUAUUCACGGUCACAGAUUUCUGUGGAAACACCGACUCAAUUACCAUUGAUGUCCAAAUUAUUAACGAAGCCCCUGUUCUUCAUGACAUGCCCGCGGCGGUUACUCUGAGUGAGGAUGCCACCACAAAACAACUCUUGUACACUAUCAAUGCCACAGACACUGUCGACCCGGUCACAUGUGUGUUUAGCCCAGCGGUAACUGACCCAUUCAGUAUUAGCCAGAUUUCAGGGACUUCAGAAUAUGGUAUAUAUGUUGAUGACACCCCAAACUUGGAUUAUAAUACUCAAAGAAGUUAUACGUUCACAGUGAAGUGUAAUGAUGGUUAUAAAGACAGUAAUACGGGGACGUUCUAUGUUUAUCUUGUAAAGAAUCAGGCCCCUGUGAUUCACAAUCUACAAGCUGCAACAACUAUAUCAACAACAGAUGGUAUUGGUACCAAUGUGUUCUCAGUUAACGCUACAGACGCUGAAGAUGACACGAUAUCAUAUACUAUGACAUGUAAUCCUACGCCAUGUCCUUUCACCAUAUUUGCAUCCGGAGAAAUUCAGCUAAAUGCAGAUAUUUCGAACUAUAACACUGUCGGUUACGAUAUAGAAAUCACCGUUGCCGAUGAUAAAAAUACGGCGAGUCCAAAAAUAUUAACUGUGCUUAUAAGAGGUAACAAAAAAGGGGAAAACCAUUUUUUAAGGGCAAACGAUGUUAUAGGCACGCCUUCAUAUGGUGUUAGAGAUCAAGAUAAUGGUGAUACAAAAACGUACUCUAUAAAUUGCGGGGCUGACACAGCUAAGUUUUAUAUGGACUCCUCCACGGGACAAGUUUCGUUCCAGUCCGAUUAUAGUAUAGCAAGUACAACAGAGACAGUCACGUGCACGGUCACGGUGGUAGACUCUGGUGGACUCACAGACACAGCAACGCUUUAUAUCUAUAUAAGCGACAGAAAUGACAAUACGCCGGUAUUUUCUCCAGCUUCAUAUUCAUUCUAUGUCAGUUAUUAUGCUUCCGUCGGCACUGUUGUCGGUACAGUGACAGCAUCUGAUAACGACACAGGAACAUUUGGAACGCUGACGUACAUAUUAACCCAAACAUCACUGCUAGAUGAUUACUUUGCCAUUGAUAAUAACGGUCAAAUCACAGUAUUAAAGUCCCCCGUUCCUCUUAACUUCUCAACAACAGUUUAUAUCACGGCCACUGCCACCGACGGUGGGGGUUUGUCGGAUACCUCUUCAAUUUCAAUAACAAUAUCAGAUACAACGACUACAUCUACAACAACAUCGACAGACAGAUUCAAGACGUUUAUGGAAGACAGUAGAAACAUUCCAUGGUUGGUCUCGUGCAUUAUAGUGCUUGCAUUAAUUACAGGCAUUCUUAUUUGGAUCAUUGGCACGUGCAGUGGUGAAAAAGGUUGUGGAGCUUUCCAAAGACAUAUUUUUGGAAAGAAGAGAAAGAUAUACCGUCCCAGGAUAAGGAGAUUACCAACACCUCAGACACCUCCGGAGCCACGUUUAAGUCUUCCAUCAUUCCUUGUGUCAGUGAGACAUCCGCCGCCACCAAAAGGAGAACAAGCCUGGAGGUCAUCUGUUGAUCGAUAUGUCUAAUCUAAUGUGUUGAAGAAGAUUUUAUAAAGCAAAAAUAAACUUGCAGAAUUUUCAGCAAAGUGCCAUUGAAAAUUGAGCAUCCUAAAAUGAUAAUAUAUGUUGGGGAUGUAUUGAUUAAUUUACUUGACUGAAUCACCUGAUAAAAUGCCAUACAGUUAUUAUGUUUGUUCAUCUGUUUACUUUGCUUGAUUGCAUACAAGUGAAUUAAAAAUUUGUGUUAUUAACAUUAACUAGUUUAGAAAAUAACUUUUUUUCGGCCGAAGUGUGACUUCCUGUAAAUUUUACAGGGAAUAAACUGAAUAGAAGAAGAAUUUUCAUUGGUUAUUCAUAAAUUACGACUGAAAUCUGGGAAAUCAAUUGGUCAUUCUAAAAUAAAAUGUAAGGGAUAGUUCUUGUCAUUCUAAGACAACAAUUUUAGGGAUAGUUAUACAACAAAUGUAAAGGAUAGUUCUUGCCAUUACAAAAUAAAAGGAUAAUUCUAAAAUGAAAUCUAAAGGGUAGUUUUUUAGCUCUCUAGUUAAAUUGCUCAGAUAUUUAAGGUCUGUUUAACCACAACUUCUCCCGCAAAACAUUUUACACCGCGUUUAUAUUUAAUUACAUUUUCUAGCGAACAGUUUAUUUUUACAAGAACUUACUUAGUUAUAAAUUUUGUCCAGAAUAACGACACUGAUAACGUUCACGAUCCUGAAAGUUUACUUAUGCAUAUACAUAUCUAAAAGCGCGCAAAAAUCCUACCUUAUCAGGUACCCUUAGUUUCUAUGUUUUGUAAGUAUGUAAUAUAUUAUAUGAUUAUUGAUGUGUUCGAUUGAUAUAAUGUUUAUAAUUUUCAUAUAUUGUUGCGUAUCAAUUGAGUAUUUAUAAUUAAACAUACACAUACAUCUAA